UUAAGAUUCAUAAUAAUAAAGUUAGAUAUACACCAUGAACCGGCAAACGGCAGCCUGACAAAUUUAUCGGCGUGGCAACGCUGCUGUAUUGCGAAAAUAUCGCGCGAAUUUCAUAAGAAACAUAGCUACACGCGGAACUUCAUGACAAACUGAACAAAGAAAUUCCACAAAUACGAUGCACUGAAUAAAAUAAGCAAAAGCAAAUGAAAGAUAUUGCAGUCUGGUGAAAAUCCUAAGCAGAGACAGUACGAUCUGGCAACUUCCGUGAGCCGCCUGUCAACCCUGUCCCGUGCGAUUUUGCUGCACAUUGUUCUAAAACAACCCAGCCGGAAAAGCCGUUUCCAGUGGGCUAUCCAAGAAAUAUUUAUGCGAUUCAGAUGUGAGACAAGCUACGAAUCGAGGCUGUGUUCCAGGCAAUAGGCGUUACUAAAGCCGGAUCAACUGAGUUAGGAGUUACCACAAAAUCAGCACGAGAACCCACAAUCACAGCCCAGAAACCCAACUCACGCAUUCCGCACACACAAACACGCUCGAACACGCAAACACACACGGACACACGCACACACGGGCAGCUAUUCUAAUCUUUGGAAACGUUGUCGUCUGCUGAACUUCAAAAAGCAAAAGGAACCGCAUUGGCCAAAGACGAGGCACCAGGGGAUCGAGGCGAUCGAGAGGCUAGGCGAGAAUUGGGUUUCCAGCGGCGGGCAGGUAUGGAGACGACAGGCAGACGACAGCAGCUAGCGAUGGCAAUGGCCCAGCACGGAGGCACCGAGGCACUGGCCGCCGAACUGGCCACGGCUGUCGACCUGAUUAUGCACCCGAUGACCCAGCCGCAGGCGCGUUUGGAGGCCUACAUGGCUUGCGAGCGAUUCAAGGAGGAGUCGCCGCUGUGCGCCCAGGUUGGUCUGUUUCUGGCCAGCUCGCCGCAAUCGAACCAGCAGGUGCGGCACUUCGGACUGCAGCUAAUCGAAUACACAAUCAAGUUCCGCUGGAAUUGCAUCACGCACGAGGAGAAGGUGUACAUCAAGGACAAUGCCAUCAAGAUGCUGAACGUGGGCGUGGGCCCGGCGGAGGACCGCACGCUGCUGCCCACAAAGGACGCGCUAUCGCGCAUCAUCGUCGAGAUGAUCAAGCGCGAGUGGCCCCAGCAGUGGUCCGAUCUGCUGCCCGAGCUCAGUCAGGCCUGCACCAAAGGUGAGGCACAGACGGAGCUGGUGCUGCUCGUCUUCCUACGGCUGGUGGAGGAUGUGGCACUGCUGCAGACGAUCGAGUCGAAUCAGCGGCGCAAGGAUAUGUACCAGGCGCUUAACAACAACAUGAACGACAUCUUCGAGUUCUUCCUGCGGCUGGUGGAGCAGCAUGUGACGGCGUUUCGCGAGACGACGCGCCAAUGCAACUUCACCAAGGCCAACGCACACAGCCGCGUCGUCGAGAUGGUCCUGCUCACGCUAAGCGGCUUCGUCGAGUGGGUCAGCAUCCAGCACAUAAUGUCCAGCAACGGCAAGCUGAUGCACUUCCUCUGCAUUCUGCUCAACGACAAAGCAUUCCAGUGCAACGCGGCCGAGUGCCUGGCGCAGAUCACGAAUCGCAAGGGCCAGGCAAAGGAGCGCAAACCGCUACUGCAGUUGUUCAACGAGGAGCCGCUGCGCUACAUCUACCAGGCCAGCCAGAUACCACCCGAUUCCAGUUCGGCGCUGGCCAUCGAGCAGCACCACAACUUCCUCAAGAAACUGCUGCAGGUGCUCAACGGCAUGGCCCAACAGCUGGUGGCGCUCUGGGGCAAGGACGAUGCCACCCAGCGGCCGGUGCAUUUGGAGGUGCUGCUAGAAUGCCUGCUGCUGCUCGUCCAGCAUCCAUCGCUGACCGUCGCCCAUGGGGCGGCGCUCAUCUGGCAGCUGCUGCUCAAGCACGAGCCGUGCUCCAAGGACUUCGCCACGGUCAACUACAUUCCCAAGCUCAUCCACACGAUUGCGCCGCGGAUCGUGAAGCUGCCAUAUCCUGCCUCAACCUCAACCAGCUCGCCUGCCAGCCUCUCCACGGAGGCGUACAUUCGACUAGAGUACGACAGCGAGGAGGAGUUCGCGCUCUACUUCUUCCGUUGCCGCACCGACUUCCUCGAGAUCUUCCGCCUGGCCACGCUCGUCCAGCCGCUGGUCACGUACGGCUACUGCGAGCAGUGGCUGCAACAGCGUCUGCGCAACGCGGUGGCCGAAGCGGAUGUCGAGGUCAAGAGCGGCAAUAUUUCGUGCAGCGUGCUAGAUCCCGUCUACCUGGAAUGGGACGCACUUGUCAGCGUGCUGGAUGGCGUUCUCAGCCGCAUCCUACUCGUGGCGGAGCGUCCGUCGGUGCCGGCGGGCCUGCGACUGCUGGAGGAGUGCCUCAAGCUGGAAACAAUCAAUCCGCUGACCUAUUCGAUCCUGCUCUCGUGCAUCUCGGCCCUGUUCGUCUUUCUUAGCAUGUCCGCGUGCCAAAUCACGGCCACCAAUUGUGUGGCGAUGAGCGGUGUGAGCCUCUUGCCGCGUGUCCUCGACAAGAUCUUCCGAGCGCUGGUGCUAAAGCCGCCCAACGAACUGGAAAAAGUGCAGGCCAAGUCGGCCGUGAAUCUUCGACGCCACGCCGCCUCGCUGCUGGUGAAGCUGGCCCAUAAGUACCCGCUGCUGCUGCUGCCCGUCUUCGAGCAGAUCAACGGCCAUGUGGAGCUGCUGCUCAAGGAGCCCGGCCAGCACCAGUUGUGCCGCCUGGAACGCACAACGCUGCAGGAGGCGCUGAUCCUAAUUUCGAACCACUUCUGCGACUUCGAGCGACAGACGCUCUUCAUUGAGCACAUCGUCCAGGACAAGCGAACCGAGUGGCUGGCCUUCGGCGAUGCGCUCAAGUCGCCGCUGGACUUCAUGAGCUUCGUGGGCCUGGACAAGCCGCCCAGCUACGCGGUAGAGGGUUCGCCCACGCUGCAGAAUCGCUCGCGACUCCUGGACGCCCUGCACGUCGUUCUGGGCGUGGUGAAGCGGUGCACCUGGCCCGACGACCCGGAUCGCGCCCAGCGCGGUGGCUUUGUGAUCGGCUGCACGGAACUGGGCAAUCCCAUUUGCCGGAAUCCGGCGACCAAGCACGUGGUGCCGCUGCUCUCGCAUGUCCUGAGCCUGAUGCGCGUACUCAACGAACUGUUUGCCCCCGAGGCGCUGCUCGCCCUCUCCGAUGGCUAUCGCGGCAUCCACGGCAUGCUGGAGCACGAGAAGAAGCAGCUGAUGGGCAUCUGCGCGCUGCCCACCGAUCCGUUGGACACCACCAUUCGCAGCGAACCGACGCCCUUCGAGAAGAUGCAGACCUUCAUGAUGAUGGUCACCGAGGGCUGCUACCAUUUGAUGGGCUCCGCGGGUCCCUCGCUGGGUCGUGAUCUCUACCAGCUGCUGGGCCUUGCGGAUGCCAUUGUAACGAAUGUGUUCAGCCGCAUGGACGUGGUGCCCGACUACCGACUGCGCCCGAUCAUCCGGGUCUUCUUCAAGCCCUUCGUCUACUCGUGCCCGCCCAGUUUCUACGACAGUGUUCUCGUGCCGCUAUUCGCCCACCUGGCCCCGUUGAUGUGCGAACGGCUGACGCGUCGCUGGCUGUACAUCGCCUCGCUGUACGAGAGCGGUCAGCUGAACGGGGAGGUCAACGACACGCAGGAGGUGCUGGAGGACCAGCUGAAUCGCACGCUGACGCGUGAGUACCUGGAUGUGCUGAAGAUCGCAUUGGUCGGCGGCCAGAUUGGCGCCGAUCAUGUGGCGGCCGGCGCCAAUGCCAACAGCAAUUCGGUGGCCAUGGAGAACGAGGAGCACUCGAUGGACAGCGCGCCACAAUCGCGGGCCAGCCAGUCGGCCUUGCUGUCGGACAUCAUCAGCGACUUGGGUGGCAAGCUGCUGCGCAACGGACACAUCGGUAACUAUGUGCUAAUGACCUUGCUGAAGGCCAUUGCCUGGAACGAUGGCAUGUGCAGCAUGAAGGCUGUGAAUAUUGCUGCGCCCGUGAUGCGUUUCCUCGCCGCCGAGAAGCUGAUGGACGAGAACAAGGCGGUGACCGCCUUCACGGCCGUUCUGCAGGGCAUGCAGGUGCACGGGCAGCACGAGGCGAACCAAUCGGGCCUGGUUACGCUGGGCGUACAGUUCUACGAGCUGCUGCGACCACACUUCCCCAUUCUCAGCGAAGUGCUGCAGCACAUACCCAGCGUAAAUGCGGCCGACAUUCAGAAGUUCGACGAGAAGAUCGCCGUGGCGCCCGUGAAGGGCAACAAGGUGGAUCGGGCCAAGAAGGACAUAUUCAAGAAGCUCACCGCACAGCUGGUUGGACGGAGUGUGAACCAGUUGUUCCGGCACGAAGUGCAGAUCGCGAAUUUGCCGCCAAUGCAGUCGCACAAGGCGAAGGGAGCCAUGGGCACAACCGCGGACAUAAUGGAUAGCAAUCAGAACGCCAGUCUGGCGCGGCUCUUUGGGCCGGAAAAGUGACAGGGGGCGGAUGAGAAGCAGGAGCAAAAACCGAAACAGAAGCUGAAGCUGAAACAGAAACAGAAAGCGGAAGAGAGGUGCAGGAGGAGGCGUCGCAGCGGAGGCGCCGUCACCAGCGAACCGACCUCGGUAAUGGUCGAGGACCAGGACCAGGAUCAGGAUCACGAUCAAGUACAGGAUCACGUCGAGACCACGUCGGCCACCUCAGCUGCCAAACUAGCGACGACUGAACUUAAAGUAAUUGUAAACUAGCCUAGACGAAGAAGGACCGCAUCUCCCGUCCUCCAACGCGCCCAUUGCCCAUGACCCCGUUCCCCAGAGUCCCAGUACCCCAGAGUCCCAGUUUUCCCCCAAUCGAACCUAAAUUUAUGUAUUUAUUUAUUUUACAAAUCUACAUUUAACACCCGCAUGUAACGCUCUUUUUUUAAUUAGUCUCCCGCGGUUGUAAUCGCUCCGUUUUAAUCCAACCCGACUUGUUACUGCUUUGUUAUUUAUUAUUCGGAAUUUGUUAAACUAGUUUGCACAAAGGAAGUAGAAUCAAUAAUUGCCAAUACUCCCAAUAUCCCCUGUUCCCCCGCCGCUACGCUUGGAGCUCUUUUUAUACUUGAUAGCUAAUUAAUGAAUUGUGCUUUGCCCGCCCCCCCGUUUUGUAUAGUUACCUAUGCGCAGGCAUACUGUAAUUUAUAUAUAUUUGUACACAUUUAUCCUUUGAAGAAACAUUUAUGAAAUUACGCUUAGGCUUAGUUGAUAGGCAACGAGUUAUUAUUAUAUAAUACAUCAAUCUGUAUAUGAACACACAU